AUGAGGGGCGGCAUCGGCGUGGAGAACUUGCAAGGAAGUGGCCUCAUCGCUGGCGAGACGAGCCGAGCCUACCAGGAGACUUUCACGCUUUCCUACAUCACGGGGCGCUCCGUGGGUAUUGGUGCCUAUCUCAACCGUCUGGGUCAGCGAAACAUCCAAAUGGUUAGCAGCCCAAUGAUCUUGACGGGCUACGCUGCCUUGAACAAACUCUUGGGCAAGAACGUCUACUCCUCGCAGGAUCAGCUUGGUGGGCCGCAGAUCAUGGUGCCGAACGGUGUGACGCAUCAGGUUGUGCGGGACGAUCAGGAGGGCAUGGCCGCGAUCUUGGACUGGCUGUCUUACGUUCCCAAGGACAUCUCUUGCUUACCACCAGUGUGUCAGCCUUCCGGAAACGACCCCUGGGACCGAGACGUCGAGUUUGAGCCGACUCCGCUUCCGUAUGACCCGCGCGACUUUCUGCGGGGCAUCAUCGACCAUGAGGGUGGCCGAAAGCGCGGCUUCUUUGAUGCAGGCUCUUGGAUCGAAUACCUGGAGGCCCGGUGA